AUGGACGAUGAAAAACAACUGAGGUAUGAGCUCGCCGAGAUCGAGCUCGACAAGCGACAAUUACAGCUCGAACGCAGGGAGCUCGCCAUCAAGCGACGCCUUGAACAACUCAAGACUAACGUCGACCUGACCAAAGAUGACGCCGUCGUGAAAACUGAGGAUGGACCUGGCGGUACGGACGAGAUUCGAGCGACCGCUCAAAAUAGGUCUUCUACUGAGCCGCAAUCAGACACUACUACAACCGUCAUAACCGCAAAUGCUACUCUGAAAUUAGGUGAGACGAGCGCCGUCGAGGAGCAACCUCCGCGAGAAGCGGAAGAUACAACUGGCGAGACCGGAAAUGGAACGCAAUGUCCGACAUUUCACUUGGGAAAUCGUUACUUACUAAAGGAGCGACCUACCGUCCAGCAAAGCCACGAAGAUCUCUUAGCGUCGUUUAUACGACCAUCGACUCACCCAUCGAGCUCGCGGUCUCAGCAGAAGCGAUCUCAGGUAUUCGACGGUAGAGAUAACGAGACCGCCAGUUCGAGAUCUAGUACAGAUACCGAUACAACGGAUUCUGCAGGCGGACCAGGAGCUCGGGUGAAACGAAGACGAAUGCCUCAGAAAGACGAAAAUCAGCCUGCGGACGCCUCCAACGUUAUGACGGAGACUCAACAGUACGACCUCAUCCGCCAUUACACCGGACUUCUCCUGAGGCGCAUGGCGGCAGUUGAACCUCCGCUCCCACCAGAGCAUUCCAAGAGACCGACAGUCACAUCAAGGCUGCGGAGAGCCACCAACGGAAAGACGCACCAGACACUAACCUUUCUCCACGAAGAAUUCCAAGCGACUGUAAAUACAUGGGCGACAAAUUUCGAGCUCCGUCGUGUUCUAUCAGAUGAACUGGCCAAAUUCCACCGAGUUCAGCGCUCCUGGUGGUCCACAUGUACAGCCCUAAACACGCAGCAAGAGCGAAUGUCCUUCGUCACCAAAGUCGUCGAAGAUAUCGCACAGAGCAAGUUCAACGAGCAAAAGUUCGAGGAAGGAGAUGAGGCUAAUUACGAGGGUUGA